CUUUGAAGAAUUUGUUAAAUUUGGUGAGAAAUCAUGGCGGACAAUGACAAAAGAUUUGUUACGAUAAUAAUUAAUCUAAAUGUAAAAUCCCUCUGUUAUGUGUCUUUGUCUGUAUGUAGUUAGAAACUUCCUGAUCAAACAGGAAGGAUCCAGAGACAUCAGCACUCCUGACUAACAGCUCCACCCAGUGGAGAGCUGUGGUGACGACAGGAAGGUUCCUGAAGACUCUGGAGCUCCUCCAGUUAGAAUACAAAAGCUGGGGCAGUCCCACUGCUGAGACAGAAAGCAACACAGAAGAGGACAGACACUUUAACAGUGUUUCAUCUCAGAUCAAGAGGACUCAACACUAAACACACAGUGAAGAUGCUGUGCUCUCACAGACUCCACUCUGCCCUCAGUCCAGUCAUGGACUUGUACUGGCCUGUACGCAGUCUGUGGCCAGAGGUCAAGCCUCUGCUCUACCAGCAGGAGCUACUGCAGAGAAACCUACAGGAGCUCCGCAGCAGUCUGGAGCUGAUGGACAAACUUCAACACAACAUCCUGGAGGAGACGGAGCCUUUCCAAAGCAGUGUGGCCCUGAGACCGCUCUCCUACCAGCUGGAGAAAGAGGGAGAGCGCUUUGGCCUGACCCUGGACACUCAAGGCUUUUCCCCAGAGGAGCUGUCUGUCAGGCAGGUGGGCAGGAAGCUGAGAGUCAGCGGGAAGACAGAGAAGAAGCAGGAGGACCGGAAAGGCUCCUACUCUUACAGACGCCAGGAGUUCAGACAGGAGUUUGAUCUGCCUGAAGGGCUGAACCCUGAAGCCGUCACCUGCUGCCUGGCUCCAGACGGGAAGCUCCACAUCCAGGCGGCCAGAGCUCCAUGUGUUGAGGAGGCUGAGAGAGAGCUGACCAUCAAGAGGAGCUCGGAGGAGAAACCACAGCAGAGUGUGUGUUCACACACAGAAGGCAGCAGCACAGAGACACACAACAGCACACAGGACAAACCUGAAGACAUGGACUCAGCUACAUGUUGUUCUAACAAUGUGCAGUAAAUGUGGCUUAUAAAUGUGUUGAAUGAUGAUUAUCCCCGCAACCCUGUACGUAGGAUAAGCGGUUGACGAUGGAUGGAUGAAUGAUGAUUAUAUGAGCUUUUUGUUUAUUAUUGAAUAUACACAAUAAAUAUAUAUAAAAGAGAAAAUUCAACCUAUUUAAUUGUAUUUUUACAUUUGACAAAAAUAAAGUAUAUUUCUGUAGGUUUAAAAUACAACACUUGUAAUAACAUGUUGUUCUAACAAUGUGCAGUAAAUGUGGUUUCAUUCAAAUGUUCGGCUAAAUGUAAAAUCUACUUUUGUCUGUGAACAAAAAGUAUUGCACACUUACAAUAUGUAUUGAUGAGCUUCAUUAAAAGGGGAAGAAAUGAAGGAA